CGGCAGAGGGAAAUAAAAGAAUAAAUUUGCACCGAGAUACUAUUUACAGGUGGUAUUAAUAUAUAUGUUCAAAAGCUACCAACGACGGUGUACUUCCGCUUGAAAUGGUCGCUACAAAGCUGUUAGCGGUGUGGAUAGACGGGAGAGACAAAAUACUGACAUCCACUCAUCCAUAGCUGAUCUGCGUGUAUCGUUUUUAGUUCAGUUUAUCGGCUAGCUCUCACUUACCUCUGCUCUCUAGUGAGAUCGCUCAGACUGUCUUUCGGCUCAUCGAUAGGCGUGAGGAUAUCUUCGUCAAACGAAUGGAGUGCCAUCCCCCUGGAGGCAUCUCUUCCUGCAAAGUUGCCGUAUGGACCAUCUAUCGUUAUUAGAUGAGUUAGAGAUAAGCGAUGCUCUCACCUGGACCGUAGAAUGAUUUCCCUUUUGUUACGUCAAAUACUAAUCCACCAAUGGCGAUGUAUAUCGGUUUGCUUUCGUCUUUGCCGUUGAACUCGUAUAGCUCUUUCGGAGAGUAGGAUCUGAAUAUUGUAGAUGAUUUAGGCGUGUAUGUUAGUAUCUGAUAGUUUAUUGACGGAUAUAUCAGUCUAAAUAUGUCAUAUAUCAGCUUAAUUGUGAGGACGAGAUUGAUUAUCGUCGUCAUAGUAAGAGUACAACUUGCUGGUCGGUAGAUUCUAUAGCUAUAUCAGAGCUAAAUAUCAUAUGUUCUAUAUCUCCGAUUCACAGAUUGUGCAUCUCUCUCUAUCACAACCAUCUGGUCAGCAAUGGCAGAAGACGAUGGUGCAAUAAUAACGUUCAAUUUACUAAAGUAUUUUCAAGCGAAUGAUACGGCAGCAAUAAAAGACGUUGUAGACAGUCAGAACGCUGCUGGCGUACUCCUUCUCGCAGUCAAAGCGGCUAAUCCACCCACUAUAUCUUAUCUACUCUCUUUAGACUCUAUAGACCCUAAUGAAGUCGACCAGGAUGGCAAUACAGCGCUCCACAUCGCAGCAUCAAUAAACAGAGCAGAUGUCGUCGAGCUUCUCUUACAAAAUGAUGCUAUAAACGACUCAGUACGCAAUAAUAAUGCCCGCACCGCAUUCGAAAUCUGCAAAUCCGAGAGCUGCGCCUCAAUUAUCCACGAUAGUCAGAUCAAGUUGAACGAGAAAUACCGCGAUCUAGUGUCAGAAUAUAUACGUCCAUCUUCACCAGAUAGUAGAGCAGGUGAAGAACUUAUUCAACUUCUCAAGUUGCCGAGGUCACCCGUUAUCGACCUCAGUUACAUAGACACUCAAUCGGGGUCCACGCUGUUACACAGCGCGGCAGCUAAGAAGGACUUUCAGCUCAUUAAGGUUGCAUUCGAGAACGCAGCCGCUAGCUCUACAAUUAUCGACUCACGCCAGAAAACACUUUUGAGCUCGUGUAAGGAUGACCAAAUCAAGUCUUUCAUUAAGCUCCAAGAAAGACAAAAACCGAAUGCACAGAACGUGCAGACCAGAAACAAGAAAGGUAUCCUUAAAAAGUAUGUCAACAUGGCAUCUGGUUGGCAGAAUCGUCACUUUGUUUUACAGGAUGGUUUGCUUAACUAUUACUUAUCACCAGAUGAUGAAGCUAAACAACUUUCGAGAGGCUCUAUUAAUCUUGAGUAUGGUCGCUUGAAAGAAGACAAGAGUGGUGAUAACAGGAAAUUCGAAAUCCACUCUCCGAACAACAAGUUCUUAGUCAGAGCUGAUCAUCCGACCGACGCAGCAUCUUGGAAACAAGCUAUUAAUUUGACUAUCCAGGAUAUUAAAAGUGGAGAUAGAAAUUCGAUCGAUGUACAGAGAUCACCAUCGAUCUCUGGUGGUCGUUCUUUAUAUGCUCAUAGUCACUCACAUAGCCGCCAUGGAUCUAAGUCUUCCCUCACAGAUUUCCAGAGCGUAAGAGGCGCUUCGCCGACUUAUUCAAUUGACGAAACUAUCGAGAGCUACGACGUUAACUCUAUACCACACGCUGAUAAAUUUGAGCUCGAGGGACAGAAGCUAUCAGCGCAUAUCGAAGCAACUGAAAGUCUCAUGAAUACAUUCCUUAAGGAUGAUGCCGAAGGUGACAAAGAGUCUCACAACGAACGUAAACAGGCGCUGAAGGGCUCCAUUGAGACCCUCCACGGCCUUGUGAACGACUGGCAAGCAAUGGUUAAUGACAGAGAGGUUUACUACAAGAAAGUUCUUCAACAUGAACGCGAAACUGCUAGACUUUGGGAGGAGAAUAUUGCAACAAUCGCCGUAGAGACUGCCAAGGUUGAGGGCGAGCUUGAGAACAUCCACAAGUCACAAGAAGAGCGUCGCAAAGCACUUAAACAAAAGAAAAGUGACCUCCAUGAUGCUGCUCUUGGUACAUCAAGCUUGUCUCCACCAAGCAAAGCUGCAGUUAUCGAUUCAGGUGAAACUGCUCCAACUAGAUCCGACGGCAAUAUCUAUGCCGGUCAGCAAGAUGACCAAAGCGGUGUGAGUGCUCCUCCACAAGCUGCUCAACAUGCUCCAAUAAAGGAUGCACAACGUCCAUCUCCAAUGGCUAGAGUAUCUUCAGAAGAGGAUGAUGACGACGAUGAUUUCUUUGACGCUGUUGAAGAGGGUACCCUACCAAUUAACCAAGAUAUCGUUCAAGCUGAGAAAGACGACCCACCAGUUGAGGAUCUCGUCCCAUAUGAACCCUACAGAGAGCUUAGAAGUGAAAUGCCAAUAUCGGAUGAUAAGCGACCACCAAUCAGUCUCUGGAGCGUUCUCAAAAACUCGAUUGGAAAGGAUCUCACGAAAAUUAGUUUCCCCGUCAUGUUCAAUGAACCAACAUCCAUGUUGCAGAGAAUGGCAGAAGAUAUGGAGUUCACAGAGUGUUUAGAUGCUGCGGCUAAAAACCCAGAUCCAUUCAAGAGAGUAGCAUAUGUAGCUGCGUUCGCUGCAUCGAAUUACAGUUCGACGAUGGGCAGAAUCGCCAAACCAUUCAAUCCAAUGUUGGGUGAGACAUUCGAAUACUGUAGAUUCGACAAACAAUAUCGCUACUUUAGUGAACAGGUUAGCCACCAUCCACCAAUGUCUGCCUGUUGGGGUGAGAACCCAAGAUGGAUAUACAAAGGUGAAGUGGAUGCAAAGAACAAGUUCAUGGGAACUUCAUUUGAAAUUAGACCUACUGGUAUUGCGCAUAUCGAGCUCAAGCUUCCAGCCACUUGGGCAAAAGAAGGCGUAACCUACCCUAGAGAGAAAUGCAAAGUUACUGGUGAAGAGCUCAUAAUUGAACACUACAGUUGGAAGAAGGUCACGACCGCAGUUACAGGAUUCAUAACUGGUUCGCCGGUAAUUGAUCACUUUGGUGAUAUGGUCGUCGUAAAUCACCGUACAGGCGAGUCAUGCACUUUGACAUUCAAGGCUCGUCCAUGGAGAGGCAAAGGACAAGAGAUUAAGGGUUUCGUCGAGAACGCUCAAAAGCAACAUAAAUGGGUUAUUGCAGGUAGAUGGAUCACCCAGCUCGUUGCGAAGAAAAUUGAGCAUGGUACUGAGGAUAUCGGCGCAGAUGAACAGAUUGACAACAGUGCAGAAUACCUUCUCCUCUGGAAGAACUCGGAGAAGCCAAAAUUGCCUUUCAAUUUGUCGCCAUUUGCGAUCACCCUUAAUGACCUCCCUGGGGACCAGUUGGCUACGUUGACGCCUCAAGAGCGAGCAGACUUGAAAAAGUGGUUACCAAAUACCGACUGUAGAUUAAGACCAGAUCAGCGUGCAUUCGAAAUUGGUCUUUAUGAUCUCGCGAAUGACCUCAAGAUACAGAACGAGGAGAAGCAAAGAGCUACACGCAAGGAAAGGGAGACGGGCAAGUUACCGCCUCACAAACCAAGAUGGUUCAAUGCUGUCAAAGACCCUGAUACGGGCGAAAGAGUUUGGAUGCCAACUACAACUAAAGCUGAAAAUGGCCAGAACCAGAUCGAUUACUGGACAGAAAGAGAAGUAGUUGGUAAGUCACGCCUCGACGGCGAUGAGUCUCGAAAGUUCAAGAACGUAGAUGAUGUGAGUCUUGAUGGUAAGCUGAUGACUGUUCUAACCCGGUAGUAGAUAUUCAUCCAUUAUGAAAUAAAAGACCCACGCUAAGAAUGGUUUGCAGUCCGGGAGGACAUAGACUUAGAAGUCAUAUAUCCGCUAAUUGCUAAAUGAUAAUUAC